AGAAUGCUUAUUAAAGAUGCGUUGGAAGAAAAAACACUGAUGAAUUUUUAAAUUUAAAAUGUGCGGCUUUUGUGUGAAAAACUGCUGUGACAUCAAACAGCAGCGAUAAAUAAUCAUAGAAAGUAUGAAGCUGAUCUCAUGGAUCCGUCCAAAAAGCCCCAAGCUUCUCCAACUAACCGACGCACCUCGUCGUCGCUGUCGCCAUCUACCGUCGUCACUCGCAUCAGCCUUGCCAACGACAGCCAAACAAACCCGAUACCUUUUAGCAGUCGUCGUCGUCACGCUACUCGCACUCGGUUUCAUGUUCGAGCUGUCGAGUCUCGUCACGAGUGCUGUCGACAGCAGCCGUCGUGGACCCGAGCCCAUCAUCACAGAGACCACAUUGAGAAUAGUGGAUUAUUUGCAGAGGCCCGAGGCGUGUCGUCGACACGCAGACCGAACUUUUGCUGUCGUAGUUGUCACUUCUCAUCCUGGGAAUCGUGUGCAACGCGACACCUGGCGGGAGAAUUCGCCAGCCAAGGAAUUGGCAGAUAUUGGACUUAGGAGAGUGUUUCUCUUGGGGAGGAUCAAUCCGAAGCAGACUGGAUAUUUGCAGGCAAACCAGACCUCGAUUGAUGACGAAAUCGAACUGCAUGGAGACAUAGUCCAGGGUGAUUUCCAAGAAGCCUACAAAAACUUGACAUUGAAACACUUAAUGGGUCUCCACUGGGCAGCAACCAACUGCCCCGGGGCAUCCUACGUGAUAAAAAUGGAUGACGACAUAGCCGUCGACUUCUACCAACUCGCCACGCGACUCCAUACGCGGCGUCCGACAAACUCGCUUCUCGGAUUACUCCAGCUGCAACUAGAUGUCGUUCGCAAUCCCGGCUCCAAGUGGUUCGUACCCGAUGACGAAUACAGCGCCGGGACGUAUCCCAACUUUUUGAGCGGUUGGGCUUACGCGGCGUCCAUGGACGCCGUCAAGGACAUAGUUUCUUUGACGACCAAUGUGAAUCACACUUUUUUCUGGAUCGACGAUGUGUUGGUGACUGGGAUCCUUGCUGAGGAGUUGGGCAUCAAGCGAGAGAGUCUCACUUCCUACUAUUCUGUUUACAAGAAGCCCGUCGCUGCUCGACAACACGCUGAAAAAGCGCCGCGGGCAACCUCUGCUGCAGCUGGACGACGCUUCCAAAAACGCGGUGAGGGCCGCGACAUUCGUCCGCCAAUGUUUGCGCAGACCCCGAGAAAGGGCGAUUCGUGA